CUAUCCACGUCUGGGAUCCCCGCCCCACGCUUAGACUAGAGUAGAGGCACCCGAGCCGGCCUGCCUGGCCCAGACAGAGGGGCCGGCUACUUCUUUCAAUUCUCGCCCUUCUUCGACAAGAGUUGACUUUGACUAAACAAUCACACACACACACACGCACACGUAAACGCUACACACUACACGCUACGCCCACGAUCGCCUUGCUUACAGUCUCACAUCGCACACAGUAUUGCCAACGACGCCGCCGCCGCCCCUCUGUUCACAUCCCAGCUCUCGUCGCCGGGGGCUCACGGAUUCACAAUGACGACGCACGCCACCGGCCCUGCGCAACUUCCCAUCUCGAACAUGGACCUCGACAGCUACAGAUUCCCCUCGCACAGGCUGCGCCUGAGGCAGACAGACUCAAAUCGCGUGCCCCUCGUCCUCGUCGCCUGCGGCAGUUUCUCUCCAAUCACAUAUCUCCACCUGCGCAUGUUUGAGAUGGCCAACGACUAUGCUCGGAUAAACACAAACUUCGAGGUUGUGGGUGGCUAUUUAUCACCCGUCUCGGACGCCUACAAGAAGGCUGGCUUGGCUUCUUCCCACCACAGACUGCGCAUGUGCGAGCUCGCCACAGAAGAAACUUCAAAUUGGCUCAUGGUCGACCCGUGGGAGGCUAUUCAGCCGGCCUACAUGCCCACUGCUCGCGUGCUCGAUCACUUCGAGCACGAGAUCAACGGUGUCCAUGGCGGCGUUCUGAGUGAGGACGGCACCCACCGCAAGCCGGCCAAGAUCAUGCUGCUUGCCGGCGCUGAUCUGAUCGGUACCAUGUCUGCACCUGGUGUGUGGGCCGAGAAAGAUCUCGACCACAUUCUUGGCAACUUCGGCGCUAUGAUCGUCGAACGCAGCGGCACAGAUAUGGAUGAGGCCCUGGCCAGUCUUAAACAGUGGGAAGACAACAUCUACGUCAUCCACCAGAUGAUACAAAACGAUGUCAGCAGCACAAAGAUUCGGCUCUUCCUCAAGAGGGACAUGAGCAUCCAGUACCUGAUCCCGGAGCCAGUCAUCCGUUACAUUGAGCAGAACCGGUUGUACAUGGACGAAGACAACGCCAAGUCGAAGGAGAAGCAAGCAGCAGGAAACUAGAUGCAACCCCGUCUUCUGCAUCAACUCACAGCGCCGAC